CUCGCAGUGCGCGUUCUAGCACAUAUUGACAGAGAAAAGGUCGUUUUCCCGUGCGACAAUGUAAACACAAGGGCUGAAUAGCUUUUCCCCGAAAUUACAGCUGCGCGUGUGAUUGCUAGUAAUAUGAAGCGCGUUUACUCGUGAUCAUUAAUUUGUAUUUGCAGUGUAAUCUCUGGUGUUCUUACUGUUGCUACUGUGUCAAGUGUCAAGUCACUUUUACCAUCACAAAUGGUCUCAGCUGAAGAGGACAAAUCGCAAUGGCCGCGAGUUUCAAAGUUCGUUUUGUCAGCCUGUGCUGCCACUGUUGCAGAAUUGGUCACGUUUCCUCUCGACCUCACUAAAACAAGGCUGCAAAUACAAGGUGAAGCUGCCCUUCGAAAGCAUGGCAGUAGGACUACUCAGACCAUGUACCGGGGAAUGAUAAAAACUGCCGUGGGAAUAGCGCGUGAGGAAGGUCCCCUAAAACUAUGGCAAGGGGUUACACCAGCUAUCUACAGACACAUAGUUUAUUCAGGUGGACGCAUGUUAGCGUAUGAACAGCUCAGGGAGUCUGUCUUGGGGAGGUCGGAGGACGGCAGCUUUCCGCUCUGGAAAGCAGUCAUUGGGGGAAUGAUGGCAGGUGCACUGGGACAAUUCUUGGCCAGCCCCACAGACCUAGUGAAAGUACAGAUGCAGAUGGAGGGAAAACGCAGGCUGGAAGGCAAGCCGCCGCGAGUCCAUGGUGUGUACCAUGCCUUUGUGAAGAUCCUUUCAGAGGGAGGAAUCCGAGGUCUAUGGGCUGGCUGGGUGCCCAAUGUCCAACGGGCUGCCCUGGUUAACUUAGGAGACCUUACAACAUAUGACACUGUGAAGCACUUUCUCCUGAGAAAUACUCCUUUAGAGGAUAACAGUCUUUGUCACGGACUAGCCAGCACUUGUUCUGGUCUGGUUGCUGCUACAAUGGGAACUCCUGCCGACGUGGUCAAAACAAGAAUCAUGAACCAGCCCCGAGAUUCAAAUGGAAGGGGCCUUCUGUACAAGUCAUCCAUUGACUGUCUGAUUCAGUCUGUGAAAGGAGAAGGAUUUCUGUCCCUUUAUAAAGGAUUCCUCCCAACCUGGAUGAGAAUGGCUCCUUGGUCCAUGACAUUCUGGUUGACUUUUGAACAAAUCCGGAAGGCAGUCGGCAUCAGCUCUUUCUGAUGGAAUGUCAUCUGGUGUGUAAAAGAGACUGAAGACAAGGGCAGGGAUGCUCAAUUCUACUUCCAUAGUACCUCAAAAGAAUAUCACAUGUUUUUGUUUCUGUUUUUUUUUUUUUUUUCUAAUUAAAAGUGCUACACCUGUUGACAUCUACCUCCUACAUCAGAAUAGCUAACUUCUGUCUUGUUGUUAAGCAUUACAGAUUUCAUUCAGUAUGAUUUUGAUGCCUGAAACCAGAGGUAGUUCAAAAUACACAACAAAACUGAUAAGAAAACACUGUGAAAACAUUGUACUGUCAUUAAAACCAUUAAUAACAAAUUUGAAAAAAAAAAAACAAAAAAAAAAGAACAUUCCAUUGAGAUUCUACCACAACUCUAAAUUUGACCCUGUCCACUGAAAAAAAACAAAACAAAACAGCACACAGUAAUUUAACACUGACACCAUUGCUCAUUCGUAGAUACUGCUGUGGUCCCAUAGUAACCCAGCAACAGUGUUAAAGUAUAAUUAUACCACAGGACAGAGCAGAGAAUGGGUCACUACAUUAGAGUGCAGCCCUCAACUUAAAAGGAGAAGACAAGCAUGCUUAACGUGGUUUGGCGAUUGCUUAUUCUAAUUAUAAACAUAUUAUCAACUUGUGUUACUUUUAGAAUUUCCUUGUUUAGAAAUCGCCUUUCUUGUUAUUUUACAUUUUACUCACUUGUUAUAGUUUUUUCUUUUGUUUUGCUUUGUUUUUAUUGAGUAACCAGGGGGGAUAACCUGUAGAGUCUUGGGGUUUUCAGUUUCAGUCCUGCAGACCCAAAUGACAAGACGUUUGUGCUCUAGUGAGGCACCGCUACGUCUGAUUCAAGUUAUCUGCUGAUUACUGAAUCAUUGGCCACAGCCAGAUGAUGUCAGGCAUUGCCUGAAAUGUGUGGAGUAUUGAGUCAACUGAAUUGGAUCACGAAGACAUUUGAUACUGCCAUGCAAGAAACACUGUGAUUUUUUUCUUACAUUGU